UUUUAACUGUCUUGCCUAGUUAAAUAGUAAAGCGUAAAGUAAGAAACAAACGACGUAAAUGGAAUAAUAGCGACAUCAUGCGGUCAGUUGGGCUAAGUAUGAGAAAGCCAAACGUGAAGAUGAAGCCGGUGUUACAGUUUUACAUCUCGUGAACAAGAUUUAGUCACCACCUUUCCACCAGAAGAGAAGACCGCGCUGGCUAGCAUUUUGCAUUCGUUGAGCUGGCCGGGGAUGCUAACCGCAAUGUGUGUACAGUGAAUUUGAAUGAGCUUUUUUUCAAGCAGUCAAUGGCCAUAAAGCGUAGUUAUAGUAAAUAUUAGCCACAUCUACCGGGCUUUUGAGAGAAGAUCUCGUCAUGUUUGGUAGAGAUGCGGAGGUCUGGCGCGCGGGCUGCCAACAAAGUCCGUCUGAAAAAACGCUGCUGUUUCCCCAGCUCUCUCGUUUUACAUAGUCCAGGACCAAGCAGGACUGGCAUCAGCCUUCUACUACUCAGUAGCCACAACUGCAGUGUGACAUUAGAUCUGGUAGCACAUGAAUCAGUUCAUCUUUAUUUUAACCAGGUUAUGACAAAGCUGAAUCAUGCCGGGUAAAUUGAAAGCUAAGAUUGUGGCGGGGCGUCACUUACCAGUCAUGGACAGAGCCAGCGACCUAACUGAUGCCUUUGUAGAGGUCAAGUUUGGCAACACAACUUUCAAAACGGAUGUCUACCCCAAGUCCCUUAAUCCACAGUGGAACUCAGAGUGGUUCAAAUUUGAGGUGGAUGAUGAGGAUUUGCAGGAUGAGCCGUUACAGAUCACAGUGUUGGACCAUGACACUUACAGUGCCAACGAUGCAAUAGGGAAGGUCUACAUUGACAUCGACCCUCUGCUGUCCAGCGAGGCUGCUACCGUCAUCUCUGGAUGGUUCCCCAUCUAUGACACUAUACACGGUAUCAGAGGGGAGAUUAAUGUUCUGGUAAAGGUGGACCUCUUCAACGACCUAAACCGCUUCAGACAGUCCUCCUGUGGGGUCAAGUUCUUCUGCACAACAUCCAUCCCGAGGUGUUACCGCGCGGCGCUGGUCCAUGGUUUUGUUGAGGAGCUGGUGGUGAACGAGGACCCGGAGUACCAGUGGAUUGACCGCAUCAGAACCCCCAGGGCUUCUAACGAGGCCCGCCAGCGACUCAUCUCCCUCAUGUCUGGUGAGCUGCAGAGAAAGAUCGGUCUGAAGGUGUUGGAGAUGGGUGGUAAUGCGGUGGUGGGCUACCUGCAAUGCUUUGAUCUGGAGGGAGAGUCGGGUCUGGUGGUCCGAGCUAUCGGCACCGCCUGCACUCUGGACAAACUCAUCCCUGGGACUGCUUCCAACACCAUCACACACACCAACACCGCCCCGGCAUCCAAUGCCUGCAACUCACCCUCUAAGGAAAUCAAAGAGCCCGUGUUCAGUGAGGACCCAACCCACCCCCUCUCCGUCCCUCCCACCCCUCUCAGAACACUUCCUUCCUCCUCCUCCUCUCCUCCUCCCUUCUCUCCAUCCAAGCCAUGCAGUCGCCAGUCCUCCUCCUCAGACACAGACCUCAGUCUGACGCCCAAGAUGGGAAUGGGGAGUGGGAUCAGCGUUGGGAAAGAGGCAGGGCCUCUGAAGACCCUCCUCCGGCAGCAGGCCCAAUCAGCAUUGGAACAGAGGGAGUUCCCCUUCUUCACGCUGACUUGUUUUCCCCCCGGCUUCCUGGUUCACAUCGGGGGAGUGGUCAGCGCCCGCUCGGUCAAGCUGCUUGACCGCAUACACAACCCUGACGAGCCAGAGACAAGGGACGCGUGGUGGGAGGAGAUUCGUCAGGAGAUCAAGUCUCAUGCCAAAGCCCUGGGUUGCCACGCUGUGGUGGGAUAUAGCGAGAGUACCACCAUCUGUGAGGAGGUGUGUAUCCUGUCUGCGUCGGGCACGGCGGCCAUGUUGAAUCCCAGGUUCAUGCGCGAGGGCUGUUUGGACGCCGGCGGUAGCGACCAAAGGUUGUCACGGCAACCACCCCUCGGCAUGGUUGGGUCGGAGAGGGCAGAGGGGGAAGUUAGCUCAUCUUGGCUGGGGUUUGAUGAUGCGUCACCCCCUAGCUGCGGAUUUUGUCACAUCCCAUAUGAUGAGUUCAACAUGCCGUUCCCAGCUCAGCUCACAUACUGCUACCACUGUAGGAGACAGAAGGUCCCUGACGUGCUCUUUACUACCAUAGACCUACCUGCUGAGGCUGCUGUUACUGGGAAGGGCUGCCUCAUACAGGCCAGGUUGUGUCGUACCAAGAAGAAGGCCCAAGGGGAGGUGAAUGCCACAGCCAUCUCUAACCUCCUCCCCUUCAUGGAGUAUGAGCUACACACCCAGUUGAUGAACAAACUGAAGCUGCGCUGCAUGAAUGCUCUGUUUGGGCUCCGCAUCCAGAUCAGUGUGGGAGAAAACAUGCUCCUAGGACUAGCUUCUGCAACGGGUGUGUACCUGUCAGCUCUUCCAGCUCCAGGUGGUAUCCAGAUAGCUGGUAAGACCCCCAGUGACCUGAGCUACGACCAACACAUUUCAACCAUGCAGAAGCGCAUCAACGACACCAUCGUCAUGAAUAAGGAGUUCUACAACAUACACCCCCCGGAGUGUAUAGAGGAGGUGGUGGGGUCUCCUAUCCCUGACAGACAGCGGUCCAGACUGUUCAGGUCUACCUCUGAGAGUUCAGAUGAGCUGUCAGAACUAGACCUGUCCCACGGCAAGAAGGACGCCUUCGUACUGGAGAUUGAUGACACUGAUGCAGUAGAGGACAUCCAAUCCCUUCUCACUGAUGCCCCCAUGCCUGCAGGGUUUUACAGCUGUAACACAGAGGUCAUGCCUGGGAUUUACAACUGGACUUCAGGGCUACAGAUGUUUACAUCUGUCAGGGUCUACAGACUCAAUAAUGCCAAUCUGACCAACCAGGGCCUCAACAAGAUCUUCACUGACCUCUGUGAGAAUUUACUCAAGAGUCUAUACUUUAAGUUACGUUCCAUGAUCCCCUGCUGUCUAUGCCAUCUCAACUUCACUGUAGCCGUACCAGAGGAAGAACUCAUACAGGUGGCGGUGACAGCUGUAGCCAUGAGUUUUGACAAGGAGACUCAGCUGGCAGCCGACAAGGCUCUUAACAAGGGGAGUGGUGAGAAUGAAGAGCAGCUACAGUUUUCUAUGGAGCUGUGUGGAGAGUCAACGUCCUCCAACAACCAGCCUACAGCCAAACCUUCAGGUCUUCCAGAGAGUGCAAUGACCCACUCCUCAUCUCGAGACAGAUGCAGCACCUGGCUAGAGCUGCUUAGGCUGAAAGCUCACACCAUAAGACGAGGAUCAGUUAAGACAAGUAGGAGGACACAGUCGCUAGCAAACUCUGUCUCGUCCUCAGAGCGCUGCAGUCCUCUCCCAGAGGUGCGGUCCCGGUCCCUACGCUCCACCAGGUCAUUGCCAUGCGGUGCCCCUGUUACCGUGGUGAAGAUGACUCCUCUGUCCUUUCUCCCCAGGACGCGUAUUGUCAAAUACUUGGGAAUCAUCAACAUGUUCUUCAUUAGAGAGACCACGUCACUACGAGAGGAGGGGGGUGUAAGUGGGUUCCUGCAUUCCUUCAUAGCGGAGGUGUUUGCCAUGGUCCGUGCCCAUGUAGCAGCUCUGGGGGGCAACGCCGUGGUGUCAUACAGCAUGAAGGAAUGUGUCUUCAUGGAAAACCCCAACAAGAACCAGGCUCAGUGUCUGAUUAAUGUUAGUGGUGAUGCUGUCAUCUUUGUCAGAGAAUCAGACCAGGAGGCCAUACCCCCUCUGAUUACUAGCGGACAGACCAGCACCACUGGGGCUGAUGGGACCACAUGACACACACACACACACUUGAGUCUAGCCAUCCAAAUAAUUGUGAUUUAUGUCUGCCAUAAACAGACGAGUUGAUGGAGAAAUUGUCUCUUAAUUGUCCAUUAAGGCACUCUACAUAAGCCAUUUAGAGGCAUUAUGUAAUGUCUGUUUGUCUGAUAUAAUAGACAUUCCAAUACAUGGUGAAGUUUUAGGCAGCUAAAAGACUGAUUGCUCUCCAUCCAGACUCAGCAGUCACUAGCCAGCCAUUCUAAAGUGUACAGGGUAGUCAUUAGUAGACAGCCAUGGUAAAGAGUACCAUACUCAGUACAGCAGGGUUUCCCAAUAGGCAGCCUGUGGGCCAAAUUUGACCCAUGUGUGGUUUUAUUUUGCCCACUCAAGAUUUUGGAGCAAAAGAAAACAUGGUUUUAUGUCAUUUUUGUUCUUUGACAUAAGACUGUAAAAUCACCAGGAAAUUAGCUCAAAGUGAUUUUAAUUUAGGAAAUCUGUUUCCAAGUAUUCCCACGCUUAGCUAUAGGCAUAUGUGAUCGUAUCCUAAUUUAAUCAAGGUGUGAAAUGAUUGUUUUUGUGAAAUACUAUAUCUGUUUGGGAUUCUUGCGGUCAAUUUGCAGGGUAAUAAUUAUUUAUAACUAUUUUCUGGACCCCCGACCAUCUGCUCAAGGAAAAGUAGGCCCACGACUUAAUAAUUUGGGACCCCUGCAGUACAGGGUAGCCACUACUGAAGAUGGCCAUACUAGAGAACUAAAUUGAGUUUAAUUGUCUGUCACUGUAUGACAAUGUUUUUGGCAAACAUGCACACAAACAUACACCCAACCUGUGGACCGCCUCCUGUCACACUCCUGGCUGUCCUGACUGCGGCCUCAACGGUGUCCAUACCACUGAACUCUCCUGUUUUUAACAAUCAUGUAAAUGCUGGAAAAUAAACUUAUUGCGAUGACCUCUUUUUGUUCAUAGCCUGGGUGCAAAGAUAACUUUUAUUUGUGUAAAUGUACUCUAAAAUCUGAUUUUAGUAUUUUUAUAAAGUUAAAGUAUAUUAGUGGUGUCUAAUUUUGCAUGUCUAAUGAAGUCCUUGAAGUUUGAUUAAUUGUGUAAAAAGUAAGGCUACAUGAUGCGUUCUACUGUUAAUGAAUACAACCUGUUUCUCUUUCUCUGUAAGACUUGAAUGUAGAUACAUAUAGAGUGUGUUACUUAGUGUCUUGCAGCAUGUAUCUACUAUUGCCAUGACUAUGUCAGCUUGUUGCCUGAGAUAAACAGUGCUGCACAAUAAACUGAACUACAGUGAAAAA